CCUGCUUCUUGUCUACACAUCAAUAACAAACAUUUAUAUAAACAAUGGCAUCUCUCUCUCCCGUUUCUAGGGCUCUGUGGUCUCUCAAAACAUCUAGAACACCCGUUACAGGUGUCUCUUCAAUCAUCUCACAACGCUUUUUCCAUAUCUCUCAUUCAGCCUUCAAAGAGAAUGACAAGGAGCACAAGGAAGUAAUGACAGCGGGAGAUGAAGCUAACGAAGCACAGGCAGAGACAGAAGCAAUGGCUUCCACCAAUAUUAAGCUUCCUCACAGACGUAAAAGGUUCCAUGCAUGGCUACAGAGUGAAGGAACUAGAUUUGAAAAACCCUCGUUCUCAGGGCCUAACUAUGUCAGCGACGUGCCAUUCCCCAUGAAUCCUUUGUUUAAGCCUAUCCCGCCCAUUUCCAACUCUGCAAAGGAAGAAAUCUACAAGUUGCACUGCUCAGACACUUCGAAAUGGACACCACGUCAACUUGGUAUGAAGUAUAACAUUUCGAUCAAACGCGUGGAGGCUAUUUUACGCUUGAAGCAUUUGGAGAAGGAGAUGGUUGCGGAAGGAUUUGUUCCACAGGAGAAUUUUACAAGAGGCAUGGAACAAUUGAUGGGUGUCAAAGCCGAGCGAUCUGCAGCAAUCGUUGAGCCCUUAAUUGAUAUUUUACCUCAGGUAGGCAGCCCUAAAUUCGAGGCUGUAGAUGAGGAUCAAGAGUUCACACCAGAGGAUGCUGCGAAAGCACUGAAGCGUCGUCCUCUGGCAGAGAUCAAGGCUCAGCAGCUGGAGCAGGAAAUGAAAAAGCCCUUCAAGCUGGUGGAUUCCGUCAAGGGUAUUGCAAAACCUCAACCACCACAAACAACACCCAUCAGUAAAAACAAUGCAGAAAGCAAUCCCCGAUUCAAGUUUUCAAUUGUAGAUACAUCUGCUAAGACUACUUUGAUCAGAGAGAAGGAUGGUUCUCUAAUCAAGGUUCUGCAGGCAUAGUUUUUGUAAUCAAAUAAAUAAAGUGCUGAAAUCUACA